AUGGAUCCCGCCGUGCUCAUCUUCCUGCUGUACGUGAUGAUCGCGCACGAACUGAUCUGCGGCUUCGUGCAGUACCGGAGGCAGAGCGCCAAACCCCGCAAACGUGCUGUCGGACCUCUGCUGCGCCCCAGUGCUCGGGUCUGUCAGGGAGUGUGGAGAUCCAGCAGCCAGCCGGUGAGGACCAACAGAGGAGAGAGAGACCUGAGGAAGAUGGGGCCUGCAAAACUGUCCGCUCAGCAAACAAUCAGCAGUUACUAUCAGCAGAUGGCCUCUGCUGCUCAGCACCACUGGUUCAGGAUCGUCAGUCAAGGAACUGUCCCUACAAGAAGACACCGGAAGCCUUCUGUCACACAACCCUUCUCUUUGCAGGUGAACAUGGCAUCAGUAUCAACGAGCGGCAGUCUAAACAAGGUUGUGCGUCAGCAGUACAUGAACCUGGCUCAGGGCAAGAAGUGCCAGGUUACCUACAUCUGGAUCGACGGUACAGGAGAGGGACUCCGGAACAAGACAAGAACUCUGGACCUAGAGCCAAAAAGCAUAAAUGAUAUACCAGAGUGGAACUUCGAUGGGUCAAGCACAUACCAGGCCGAGGGCUCCAACAGCGACAUGUACCUAAUUCCAGUUUCCAUGUUCAGAGAUCCUUUUACGCUCGACCCUAACAAACUGGUUCUCUGCGAGGUCCUCAAAUACAACCGCUUACCCGCUGAAACCAACCAUCGAGCGAGGUGCAACAAGGUGAUGGAGGAGGUCAGAGACGAAUGCGUGUGGUUUGGUAUGGAGCAGGAGUACACGCUGCUGGGAGUAGAUGGAUACCCUUUUAGCUGGCCUUCGAAUGGCUACCCAGCCCCCCAAGGUCCCUAUUACUGUGGAGUGGGUGCAGACAAUGCAUAUGGAAGGGAUAUUGUGGAGUGCCACUACAAGGCUUGCCUCUAUGCUGGGGUUGAGAUCUGUGGCACCAAUGCUGAAGUCAUGCCAUCUCAGUGGGAGUUCCAGGUGGGCCCAUGCGAAGGCAUUGAGAUGGGCGACCAUCUGUGGGUGGCACGCUUCCUGCUCCAUCGUGUGUGUGAAGAUUUUGGAGUGGUGGCAACACUCAACCCCAAACCAAUGACAGGCAGCUGGAAUGGUGCUGGUUGUCACACCAAUGUCAGCACCAGGCGCAUGAGGGAAGAAGAAGGGCUGCAGUACAUUGAGCAGGCCAUUGAGAAACUUAAGGGAAAACACAAAGAGCACAUUAAAGUGUACGACCCCCAUGGAGGCGAGGACAACAAGAGGCGUCUUAUUGGUCAAUGUGAAACCUCAAGCAUUGAUGACUUCUCUGCCGGAGUAGCUAAUCGAGGAGCCAGCAUCCGCAUUCCGCGGCAGGUGGGCCAGGAAAGGAAAGGCUACUUUGAGGACCGCCGCCCCGCCGCAAACUGUGACCCAUACCAGGUGACAAGGGCUAUCGCAAGUACCUGCUUGCUGGACACAGACCAGGAUGAUGGGGAUGAGUAGAUUAAAAGCAAGUCUUCUGUUGGCAUGGAAAGAUUAUUGUUCCGAUAGAAAAAUAGCCUCCAUGGUGGUGGUUAACAUUUCUUAGUUAAAAUACAGAAAUACAGAAAAGUCAUCCAAAAUCCCUCAAAAUGGUUACAAGGAGCUACAAAACAAUAACAAAUAGGACCAAAUAGUCCAAAGAGGAAUCCAAACUGAAGUGGUCAUGACACAAUCUAUGACCACUUCAGUUUGGACCACCGAAAUUAUCUUUCGACCACCAACAGGUCAGGGACCUGUUAUCUCAUCAGACUUCCAUGUCAUCAGUUAACUUGUGCGCAGAAUUACAGAAGCAUUUUUCUGUAUAAUUAAUACUUGUGAAUCUGUCCAUGUGCACAACAAGCUAACUUACAUAAAAUAGUCCUCAGAAAAAGUUUAAAAUUAGUUUCAUGAAUAGUCAAGCAUUGCCAGACUUUUGAAUAUCAAUGUUGUUGUCAUUUAUUUAUAUAAGCUCAACUGCAUUAUUGAUUUAUUACAAAUACAAAAAAUACACUGUCAAUAACUAUGAAAUGUGGAAUGUGUUAUAUGUCUGCUAUUGUUUACAGGAAUUUGCAUAGAAUAAAAUAAAGCAUACAAUAAAUUGACAUUGUAAAAUGACCACAUUUACAUAACUGUCUUUUGAUCCAAAGGGGUCCAUGCAUUAAAGGGAUGAGCCAUUGAGAUAUAAAUUCUCUUCUUGCAAAGUCUUGGUCAAAGCAGUUUUAGACAAACAAAAACAGUUUUAGAUACAUUGAAAAAGAAACAACUACAAAAAAUAGUGAAUAGUGAAAAAUAGUUUAGUGCUGCUAAACUAUGAAAUGAAAUUGGGGCACAGCAGUUAAAACCAUCUAAUAUUUUCAAUUAUGAUCUAGGUGAAGCACAAAAAAAAUAUUUGUAGGGAAGAUUAUAUGUUUUCUUUCAUCCAAAAUUUAAAAUGUAGAUAUUUUUAAAAGGUCAGAGUAAUUUGGGCUUCAGGUAGUUGCCUUACAUGUUUUUGAUAAUCCUGA